AUGAAGCAAGCAAGGGAUUCGCCAUAUUUUUUUACCGCAAGCGUAUGCGCUGGAACUAUUACGGAUGAGAGGGAUUUGCGGACUGGCCAGAUGGCAAUGUCUCUUCGUAUGUACUCUUUCCGAAAGCACCGGAAAUCCCGACCUCGCAGGCUGGAUUUCGUUAUUUUUCCGGAAAGGGAGGCGGCAUUUAUAGCCCGAAGAGUGAUUGAAGAUGAUUCCACGAAGGCUAGGAGAGGAGCUUCUUUAUCACUGCGACAACUAAAAGAAGCGGCAACUAAUUGGAUGAUAUAUCCUCACCUACUGCUGACGCUCGCCGGAUUAUCACCUGUCGUCGGAUUGAGAACCUAUGCUCCAAUUCUAGUAGCAUCUCUCGGAUUUGAAAGACUCCGAUCAAAUGCUUUGGUGUCAAUUGAAACAUGGAUUCAGGUGGUCUUGAUGAUCAUCUGGGGGUAUGCUGGCUUGGAUGCAGACUGCUCGUGCAUUCCCCAGACGGCCAUCUCCGAUUCUCAAUGCUUACCCUCUCCAUCGCCUUUUGUGCCGCACAUCAUCCCCAUCAACGGUUCGUGGUUGGCCGUAAAUAGUCGCUUAGCAGAAGAAAGAUCUAUUACAAUGGCCGUGUUCAACAUGGCAGCAAGCGCAACAGGCAUUGUCGGUAGCCAAAUUUUCCGACAGAAAGACAGACCCCUCUAUGUGAUUGGGUGGACGCCAUUGAGUCCUUUGCGAUGUUUUCUGCAUUGCACCCUUCCAUGGAUCUUGCUGAUCGAGCUCCCAAAAAAUUUGCGCAGCUACACAAAGUAUAUUAGUCUGAAAGACAAAGGAUAUUUCAGAGAAUGUCUGAACGGCCCAAUUUCCUCAUUAUCGUCGCUGAUGACCUCGGAUUUUCUGACGGUGGAGCUUUGGGAGAGAAAUCAAUACCCUAACCUGGACCAUCUCGCAAGGGAUGGACUACGGUUCACAGAUUUCCAUACGGCAUCGGCAAGUUCACCGACGAGGUCCAUGUUGCUGAGUGGGACGGAUAAUCAUAUUGCGGGUGUUGCCGCCAUGAUUGAGACUCUCCAGGAGUUCCAAAGGGAAAAGCUGAGUUACAAAGGAUAUCUGAGUGGUAGAGUCGCUGCUCUUCCUGAAAUACUUCGAAGUGCGGGCUAUUAUACGGUUAUGUCAGGGAAAUGGCACCUGGGUCUUACCCCGGAUCAGUAUGUGUCAAAAAGGGGGUUUGAGAGAUCGCUGAGAGCGCAGACUGAUAACAAGACAGAGGGGGCUGCAAACCAAAUGGGAUGGGAGCCCCAACUUCAGAAUUCAGACGAACUACCAAGCAUCUUUGAAUCCACCCCAGUUCUCUAUGUAGAAGGCGAAAAGGAAAUCGACCUCUCGGAGCUUGACCCCAAUUUCUACUUUACAGAUGCAUUCGCAGAUAAAUUCAUGAGGAUCACGCAUCCAUACCCUGCCUUCAAGGGACGGGAAGUUGUACCCGUAAGGGAGAACACGGUGACGGGAUGGGAGCUUUUUGGGCGCCAGGCGGUUCGCAAGGGACAGUGGAAAGCAGUUUUGAUCCAGAAACCAUACGGAAAGCUGGAUCCCAGAGAAACAGGGGACCUGAGUAGAAUGCGGAAAAUGCAAGAAUCGCUACACGCAUGGGAUGAAUUUGUGAAGGAAGUUGGGUUGUCGGUGCCGCAUCGCGUAUGGGGUUUUGAGAGUUGA